AUGAGACUAAUCAUCAAAAGAAAAGAUGAGUCCCAAAAAAAGUGGCUCAUAGUUUGGAUUCUUUUUUUGCAUAUCUAUAUAUAUAAAGCUUUAUGUAGUGUUACCUUAGAGGAAUCUAGUAGAGCUGAUGAUUCCUCUGAAGAAAUAGAAAAAGUUGAUCGCUCUGGCAAAUUUGGAGAAUUUAGUGAUCGAAGUAAUAUAGGGUAUUCAGAAAGUGAAUUAGAAACAGAGGUAUCAUUAUCAAAUUUAGAUAAUUUUAUUAAAGAAAAGAAAGGUUCAUUAUUAUUUAAACCCUCAAAAGAUGCAAGUAUAUCUGAAACAAGCUCAAAAUUUGAAGAUGUGAGUGAAUCUGCAAGAAAUUUAUCAGAUUUAGUUCAGGAGAAUUCUAUAAAUACAGAGGGAUAUAUACCAUUAUCUAGAGAAGUGUUACCAGAAGGUGCUUCUUUAAUGAUAGGUGAAUCUAGUGAAAUAUCAAAUGAUUCCAGUCCCACAGCAUCAGAUACAGAUAGUAUAUAUGUAGAUACAACAUAUAAUAAGAAAAGUUUAGGGGAAAAUAAAACAUCAGAUAUCAAUAAAUCAGAAUUAAUAGAAUUUUCUGGUUCUCUUGAAGAUAAAUAUAACAGCCCUAUUAGAAUGACUUCUUCGGUUGAAAAGACAAAUAACUUACCACUCAUGGUAUCAAAGUCACUUGAACUAAAUUCAAAAAAAAGAAAAGAUUUAGUUGUAGAUGUAAAUAAAUCUAGAUUAUUAUCUGAAGAAAAAAAUGUUGGGUUUAAACAAAUACCACAAACCACAUUGUUUGAAAUGACUGGUUCUUCAAAAGAAAUUGAUUAUUUACAUUCAAAUAACUCUGAAAAGCCUUCAAAUGAGCUAAAGGAACAAGGAAAUAACUCAGAAAAGUCUUUAGAUGAACGUAUAUUCAAUGAAGUUGAAGAAGUUUCACUUCCUGAGCUUAGAACAUCAACAAUAUCACUUUCUGAGUUAACUCCAUUGACAUUUAGUGAAUCUGAACACUCUAAUUUAAGUAAUGAAACCCUAUCAACUGAAUCUUCUUUAGUAUUUACAUCUCCACCAAGUGAAGUGGCUAAUCAAUUAGAAAAUCGUGAAGAAUUAUCUAAUGUAUAUAACAAGCUUCCAAGUAAUAUGAAAAUGUCACCUGAAAGUAAAACUGUUUUUCAAUCUGAAUCGACAGCUGAUAUAACUCAGUUUUUAUCACAAUAUAGUAAUAAAUCUGAUGAAAAAUAUCACAGUAAAAUAUCUGAUUCGUCUACAAGUAUGUUUGCAGAAGUCCCAUCUGAUAUAGGAUCUCAAAAAUCCGUUGGAAAUAUUGAAGUAUCUAAAUUUUCUGAAGAUACAUCUCAAAUUGAUGAUUAUUUAACCCCAGAAUUAAUAGAAAAUUCAACAAUGGAAACAAAACCUGAAAUUAAUACUGAAACGACUUAUUUUGAAGAAUCCAUGAGUAUUCAACCUCCUUCUCCUCCAGAAGAGGUAAUUGAACCAUCUGAAGUUAAAGAUAAUAUUGUUAUGAAUCCAUAUAUAAAGACUGCAGGUGCUGUAGGAAAAGUAAGCCCAAAAUUGGCCCCUUUAAUUGAGACCUUAAUUAGACAGAUGGAGAAAGAUGGUAAAUCUUCUAUAAACCCCAAACCACUAACUGGAAGAGCGAGUCCACCAACUAUUAUAAAUGAACCUUGUUAUUUUCGUGAUGAGAAAGCAUUUCCAAAUAAAGAAGAAGAAGCUGCUUUUUAUGAAGAGUUAGAAAAUCAGAAAGCUCAAAAUCCUUUUCUAUAUAGAAGUAAACUUGAAGAAAUGAAGUCAAUUAUGGGAAUUUCUGGAAAAUCAUUAUUGGAAGAAUUCUUAGAAAAGAAAAGAGGCGAAUAUAGAAGUAAUUUAUCUAGACAAUUUGCUACUGGUAAUAAAUGGAAAAGAUCUACAGUAGAAAUUCAAGAACCAAAAAAAGCACUUAUUGAAGAGAUGAAAUCCACAAAGUUUAUGGAAAAUUUAUUUCAUAGUUCUCAUAAAGAUAAACCACAAGAACAAGGGCAGAUCUUUCAAGAAAGUACUCAAAAAACAGACAAGUCACAAUCAUUAGUUUCAGAUGGCAAUAUAUUUGGAGUUAAAUAUGAACAGACAAAGGCAUCUGAAAUAUCAAAUUCUGAUAUUCUAAAUAAAAAGGACAUAUCUUCAACUUUUUUAUCUGAAAAUUUCCCACGAGAAUCUCCAGUAUUGCAUAUUGCUGCAAGUCCAGUAUCUUCUGAAGAAUCUUUAAAUCAGGAAACCUCAGAGUUUUCUUCUACUCCAAAGCCUCAAAAAAUAUAUUCUUAUACAUCACAAUAUUCUGUUGAAAGCCCUAGAGUUUCAUAUAAGCCAAUUCCUGAUCCCACCCGUUCAAAAUCGGAAAACGUAUCUCCUUGGGUAUCACAAUAUACUAAAAGCCCUAAAUCUUCAGAUGAGCCAAUUUCUGAGACUAAUUCACUUAUAAGAUCAGUAGAGACCUCUUCCUCAGAUUCAGCACCCAAAAGAAAAUCUACUAUACUUCCUUUUAUACAGAAACAGUCUUAUCAAAAUGGAUUAGAUAUUGCUACUUUAACUGACCCUAUACCUUCUCCAACUCCCUCCCCUUCUCCAUUAGCUCCUAUAGAAAUUUUCCCAAGUUCUUCUAAAGUUUUAGAAAAUUCUGAAUCUGUAGAAUCAAUAUUAAAUCCGACUUAUCAAAAAUUUGUGAGAAAACCAGAAAAUAAGUUAUCAAGUAGUGGCUCUGAAGUUGAACAAACAAAAUUUAGUCCAUUAAUACUCCUUCCAACUGACUCUCCACCAAAUGAAAAAACAUCUCCGGUUUCAAUAAAGUUAUCUGAUUAUAACGAACAAGCAAUAUUUACAACAGCUAAGAUGCACACUGAAAAAAAAGAUGUGUUAAAUAAUGACCUUGAAGAGUGUUUAAAUAAAGCAAAGAAUAUAACGAUUAAUAAUCUUGGAAUAUUAAUAUCUGAUUUACCUGAAGGACCUACAGUGAAAUUUAUACAAAUGGAACUAAAAAAUGAAAAGGCUAAGAUGAAGGACUUAAUGCAAUUUGGACAAGAUGCAUUGACUAAAGUUGAGAAAUAUGUGAAAAAAAAGUCCUGGAGAAGCAAAAAAAAAAGAUUCAAAGAUGAUAUCUUGAGAAUGACAAAGGAUUACUACUAUAAUGUAAAGUCUGUUCGUUCUCUAUUGUAUCAUCUAAUUUUUUUUUCACAGGAUGAAGUAAUGAGAAAUCUUAAUAAUAUUCUAAAUAACAAUGAGGAUAAUUUACCAUUUAAAAUAGUUCAAUGUGAAAUAUUAAAACAAAUUUUUAAUUCCCACGAAAAUUCAGUUCGUGGUAAAUUAUUAAAAAAAAUUGGUCAGAAGAAUUUUAUUAAUCUUUUUAGAGCACAACUAGAGAAACUUUUAAAAAAUAAGUUAACUCCUUUAGUAAAAGGUAUAGAAUCAAGUAAAUCAUUGAAAUCAAAAUUUAUAAAAUCUCUUCAUUUUAUUAAAAAUAUACUCCAGAACAAAUUCUAUACUAAUUCUAGUGAAGAAUAUCCUAAUUUAACUGUUGAAAAACAUAAAAGAAGUGGUAUUACAAAUUUCUUGUUAAAAUUGUUUAAACGUAAAAAGAAAGAUAAGACAAAGAAAUCUAGCAAUAUUUCCUAG